GCUCGGCGGGGGCGGAGGCGGGGGCCGGCCGGGGCUGCCUGGCAGGCGGCCGCCGCUGCUGAGGCGGAGAAGCUGCCCGGCGGCGCCCGGAGGACACACGCGCGGCGCGCCCGCUCCCGCUCCCCCGGCCGGCUGCGCAGCGCAGCGCAGGAUGUGCCUGGUGCUCGCCGCGAUGAAGGCUCAAAUUGAAAUUAUUCCAUGCAAGAUCUGUGGAGACAAAUCAUCAGGAAUCCAUUAUGGUGUCAUUACCUGUGAGGGCUGCAAGGGUUUUUUCAGGAGGAGUCAGCAGAGUAAUGCCACGUACUCCUGUCCUCGUCAGAAGAAUUGUUUAAUUGAUCGAACGAGUCGAAAUCGUUGCCAACACUGCCGAUUACAGAAAUGCCUUGCUGUGGGAAUGUCUCGAGAUGCUGUAAAGUUUGGCCGAAUGUCAAAGAAGCAGAGGGACAGCUUAUAUGCAGAAGUGCAAAAACACCGGAUGCAGCAGCAACAGCGAGAUCACCAACAGCAGCCUGGAGAGGCAGAACCUUUGACACCCACAUACAAUAUCACUACGAACGGGCUCACGGAGCUGCACGAGGACCUCAGUAAUUACAUUGAUGGGCAUACCCCUGAAGGUAGCAAAGCAGACUCUGCAGUUAGCAGCUUCUACUUAGACAUACAGCCUUCUCCAGACCAGUCGGGGCUUGAUAUUAAUGGAAUCAAACCAGAACCGAUAUGUGACUACACACCAGCAUCGAGCUUCUUUCCUUACUGCUCGUUUACAAAUGGAGAGACUUCUCCUACUGUGUCCAUGGCAGAAUUAGAACAUCUUGCACAGAACAUUUCUAAAUCACACAUGGAAACUUGCCAGUACCUAAGGGAGGAACUGCAGCAAAUAACAUGGCAAACCUUUCUACAAGAAGAAAUUGAGAACUACCAGAACAAGCAGAGAGAGGUAAUGUGGCAAUUAUGUGCGGUGAAAAUAACAGAGGCGAUACAGUAUGUGGUGGAGUUUGCCAAACGCAUUGAUGGUUUUAUGGAAUUGUGUCAAAAUGAUCAAAUUGUGCUUUUAAAAGCAGGGUCUUUAGAAGUUGUAUUUAUCAGAAUGUGCCGUGCCUUCGACUCCCAGAAUAACACAGUGUACUUUGAUGGCAAAUAUGCUAGCCCCGAUAUCUUCAAGUCAUUAGGUUGUGAAGAUUUCAUUAGUUUUGUUUUUGAAUUUGGAAAAAGUUUGUGUUCUCUGCACCUUACUGAAGACGAGAUUGCGUUAUUUUCUGCCUUUGCUUUAUUGUCUGCAGACCGUUCAUGGCUUCAGGAGAAGGUAAAAAUAGAAAAGCUACAGCAGAAAAUUCAGUUAGCACUUCAGCACGUCUUGCAGAAGAACCACCGAGAAGAUGGAAUCUUAACAAAGCUAAUAUGCAAAGUGUCUACUUUAAGAGCACUGUGCGGGCGACAUACAGAAAAGCUUAUGGCAUUUAGAGCAAUAUAUCCAGACAUUGUGCGACUUCAUUUUCCUCCAUUGUACAAGGAGCUGUUCACUUCAGAAUUUGAGCCAGCGAUGCAAAUUGAUGGGUAAACAUAUCACCCAAGCACUUCUAGAAUGUCUGAAGUACAAACUUUAAAAAAGGAAAAAAAAGAUAUACGAAACCAAGACACUUUAUGUGGCCCUGCUUAGACCUAGGGAGCCAACUCACUGCACAUCUUCAGGGUCAGGCAAAAAGGAUGGGAAAAAUAAAACAAAAGUUGAACUUGUUUUUCUCAUGCAUAUGAUUUCCAUUAUGCCUACCGAUCCGGACCCUUUUUCUGUCUCAACUUCUCAGUCUUUGACCUCUGUUUACACAGAUUGAGGGUACUAAAAAUCAGGAGGGUUUCCUUUUUCUUGUAACUCACUGCCCACAGACUUUCAAUAGAACAAGGUUUUGUUAGUAAGGCCGGCGUCUCCAACUAGAAACCAGCGACUGGUGUGCACUGCAGAGGCUUCAGUGUCAGUUUUGCACAGCUUGCUCAUUGUUUCAUGAAGGACGAUUUCUUUUCACCCUGCCAUUGAUAGCCAGUAGGCAGAAUGGCAUGAAAAGGGUCCAUAGCAAUAGCAACAAUAGCAUUAUAAUCUAUUACAGGGUAAAUGGGCAUGAAGUCUAUAUAUAGCAAAAGAGAUAUUGUUUAUAUAUUGUUUUAAUUAAUAUAAAAUGUAGUUACUGGUAUAGCUUUUAUUGUUGAAUUGAUAAGGCACUUUCAUUUUGCACCUUUUUCUUUUAAAUUAUAUGCUAGCGUGUUCACUGUUGUGCUGCAUGUGCACCAGAAAUUCGAGUUUAAUGGAGGGAGGUUUGGAAGGACUUGGGGCACUGCAAGGUGUUACUGCUGCUGUUUCCACAUUUACUUUUAAAGAGAGGCUGGUCAUAUCAUGAAACACCUUCAGUGAUUUGGGUGUCAUU